UAAUUCUGGUGUCGUGUACCGUGAACAUGCUCGGAAAUGGAAACCUUGUGAGGAAACGUGGAUACCAAAUGAUAUAAAUAUAUAUAUAUAGAAUUAUCUCCGGUCAUAACGACUUUAGUUUGACUUUAAGACCUGGUGGUUCUUAUAUUUGGACUUCUAGCUGUGGCUUCAAGAUGGGAAAGCCACCUAAGAGGAAGAACCUGGCUGACAAAGUUCGUAAAACCAAAACCGCCACUGAGAUCAAAAACAAUCCUUUUGAGGUAAAAAUCAACCGAAAGAAGUUUGAUGUUCUGGGGAGAAAAAGCAAACAUGAUGUGGGCCUGCCGGGGGUAUCUCGCUCUAAAGCCAUCAGCAAGAGAAAAGAGACACUCUUGAAGGAGUACAAACAGAAAAACAAGUCUAACAAAUUAAUCGACCGACGCCUUGGGGAAUAUGAUUCCAAGAUGGCUCCAGAAGACAAAAUCCUGCAGAGGUUCACCAUUGAAAGACAGAGAGUCCAUGAAAAACGAGACAUUUACAACUUGAAUGAGGAAGAGGAGCUGACUCACUACGGCCAGUCGUUGGCUGAAAUAGAGAAAUUCAAUGAUGCUGUUGGCAGCGACGAUGAAUCGGAAGAGAAAGGACUUUUAUCAGCUGAGCUGACUGCCUCCCAUUUCGGAGGCGGAGGGGGUCUCUUGAGAAAGAAAUCUGGGGAGGACCAGCAGGAAGAGCAGAGUGGUCAGAAGACCAAAUCCAGACAGGAGCUGAUUGAAGAGCUCAUCCAGAAGUCCAAGCAGGAGAAGAGGGAGCGUCAGGUGCAGAAAGAGGAGGCGCAGGAGCUGACUGAGAAGCUGGAUCAGGAAUGGAAAAGCAUUCAGGCUCUGAUGGUGAAAAAAGCACCGAAAAAUUCAGAACAAGCCGACAAACUGGAGGAGAAACCGAAGCCAGAGGAGUACGACAUGAUCGUCCGAGAGCUCGGCUUCGAGAUGAAGGCUCAGCCCUCAGAGAAGAUGAAGACCCCUGAGGAGCUGGCCAGAGAGGAGGAGGAGAAACUGAAAAAGCUGGAGGCUGACCGUCUGAGGAGGAUGAUGGGAGAUGAAGGCGGGGACAAUGUGCAGAGCCAAGUCCACAUGUCUGCCGACGACCUGAACGACGGCUUCGACUUGGACCAACAUGACAAGAAGACGCUCUCUUAUCAGGAUGGAAAGUGGAACAUUGCAGAGGAGACUGAAGACGACAAGGAAGAAGAGGAAGAAGGAUCAGAUGCAGAGGAAGAUGAUGAUGAUGAAGAAGAAGAGCAGCAAGAGGAGGGCAGUAGUGAAGAUGAAGAGGGCCACUCAGACCUGGAAUCUGAGCAGGACAGUGAGGAUGAGGAGAGUAAGCAGGACGACCAGGGGAGCAGCUCUAAGCAGCAGAGGAGUCUGAGCAGAGAGGAGCUGAAGGCUCAGCAGGAGGCCGCCAAAGCAGAGCUCCCCUACACCUUCACCGCGCCUGAAAGCUACCAAGACCUAAAAGAUUUGCUUCAUGGUCACACGCCUGACAACCAGCGCCUUAUUGUAGCCAGGACCCAGAAGUGCAACCACCCGAGUUUGGCUGCAGGAAAUAAAGCCAAGCUGCAGAAACUUGUGGGCUUACUGAUGGAGUACAUGGGAGAGCUGGCUACAAGGAGCCCACCUGAGCUCUGCACUGUAGAUAAACUCAUCCCGGAGCUCUACACUUUAUGCCAAAUGUUUCCUGAGGCAGCCUGCCAGGCGAUGCAGAGCAUCCUCAGAGAUGCUGCUCACAGCAUGGAGGAGGUGAUUGAGGUCAAAGGUCAUGCUGCUUUCCCUACAUUAGACAUGCUGGUUUACCUGAAAGUGGCGGCGCUGCUGUUUCCAACCUCAGAUUUCAGGCAUCCUGUAACGACUCCAGCGCUGCUUUACAUCAGCCAGACUCUAACUAAGUGUCCUGUGAGAUCGUUAGAGGACCUAACCUCUGGUUUAGUUCUGUGCUGUCUGGCUGUUGAGUACGUCUCCUUUUCCAAGCGCUUCCUGCCGGAGCUUAUCAACUUCCUCAGUGGAACGCUCCAGCUGGCUGUGCAGGACGAGGCCUCUGGUCGCAUGGCGGUUCCCCCCUUCAGACCAUCGGGGAAGCACUGUGAUCUGCUUGUGCUUUCUAACUCUGAGUCCUGUAGGAACUGGAGCAAGAAAAACCUCCCGCUGUCUGCUACCCAGCAGAUGGAGCUCAAAAGUGAUCUGGACAGAGACCACUACAGGUUGAAUUGCUUGUCUACGUGCCUCGACCUGGUGAAGAGAUGCUGUCUGCUCUACAAAGACCUCAUCUCCUUCAUACACAUCUUCCAGCCAAUCAGGACGCUUCUUUCCAAGCAUCUUUCCUCCCAAACCUUGCCAAAUCCUUUACAGGAGCUUCACAGGGAGAUCUUGGAAGCUAUCAGCAGCGCCCCUGUGACUCACACUAGACUAGUUUUCGAGAAGAAGAAGCCGAUUCCCCUGAAACUGCUCACACCAAAGAUUGUGGAAGUUUUGGACUAUGGAAAGAAGCGCGGCAGCAGCAGAGAAGAGAGAGAGAGGGAGCGACUAAAGCACAAGUACAAAAAAGAGUUCAAGGGAGCUUUAAGGGAGAUCAGGAAGGACUCUCGCUUCCUGGCCAGAGAAAAGCUUAAUGAGGUCAUGAACAGGGAUGCGGAGAGGAAGAGGAAGGUGAGGGAGCUCAUCGGCAGUUUAGCCACUCAGGAGGGAGAGUGGAAAGCUCUGAAAAGGAGGAAGCGAAAGUGAAAACUUGAUUUAAAUAUGGGCUCCUUCAGCUGAGCCGUUUACCUGUACAGGCAGAUGUUUGGGGAAUAAACAUUUUGUUGUAUUUUUAUGAUUCUUCAGCAUUUUUUCUUGAAAGCAUUUUUUAAUCGUCAUCAUUUCACAUUAAAAGUUGUCAGUUUCUCAUUUAGUUGAUGUUAAAUCAGAUACUGUUUGUCACAGGUGAGAAACGCCUCCAAUACGAUAUGCAAUGCAAAUAAAAA